ACGCGCGCCGCGUCUUUCAAUACCGCGACGCCAUAUUGCCCUGUUCUCGUGCGCUUACGAUACCACGCGGAUCGAAUUGUGAAAGUGUCGUGUACAUUUCUCAGCAGUGAGAGUAAAAACGAGCGCCCAUAGACUACCAAGUCUAACAAGUGGUGUGAAAUUUCCUCGCAUUCCUAAGACUGGGUUCAAUGGAAGCCAGGUUCGUGACCUGCCGGAGUUUCCAGCAGAUCAAGCCGCCCGAGAAGAGUUUAGCCCCGCCGCCUACAGUUAAAGGGCUGCUAUCUCGUUUCGGAAGUCAGGCUCAAGCUUUAUUCGCGCCGAAGAAGCAGAAAUUCGGUUCAUCGGUUGCUAUACAUAAGUUGCGUGAAACCAAGUGGUUCAAACAUGAAGAGCAGAAUAUCUUGUGUGCAGUCCUCGAGUCGGGAUUCGUGUUGGAAGUACGAGCCGAGGACCCCCUGCCAUCCGACUCUAUUUUGUCUCCGGACUACCAUAUGUACGCCAUUGCCAUGUGGAAGAAGGGUAAAGAAAAAACAAAGAACCCGGAACAGAUAGAGGUGUACACAGUCCAACAAAAGGGUGUGCGCAAACGUAUUGUAAAAACAACACUGAGUAACUUCUGGAAAAAAGACUCCGUGAUAAGGAUCAACAACGUUGAUGACAAGCAGGAGACUCCAAACAGUGAAAAGGACAUAAGAGCAAAGCUUGACAUGGCAACCAAGUCCAGGUUCGAGAGAAAUUGGCAUAACACGCUACACUUCGUCCAUUGGUGCCGGUACGGUGAGACGCCGCAAGAAGCUCGAAUGCGACAGAUCAGCUUAACGACGUCGAAAACACCCAUGAUUAUCAUCUUUUGAUGGUAAUUUGAGGCGCUUUGGACAGACAGCUGGCACCAUGUAAUAUCGAUAAGCGAGUCUUUGAAGUGGGGCAACAUCGGCAUGAACAUGGGUGUGAUGCUAGUCAGUCAGAACAACGCACGCCCAAAGGCUAAAUCAGUUUGAUUAUCAGAAGCCGGCGCUGCCGGCACAUGCUACACUUGCUUCUGGCAACCCUCAGCCGGAGAAAUUGAUUUUGUUUAAUCUAUUGAAAAAAAAAAGUACAACUAUUCGAUAUUCAAACGAAGGUCAUAUGACAUCGUGACUGGGUUUAAAGUUUGUUCUAAAUGCAAAUUGUAAAAUCGUAGAUAUUUACUAUUUAGAGCUUUAGAUACCGGCUGGAGGGUUGCAAUAAAAGUACAAUUUUCAGUGGAAUCUCAUGCAUUAUGUUGAAUGAGGUCCGAAAUGAUUUUAACGUAUAAGAGUUAUUUCUAUAUUGGAACGAAUUUGUGUCUCUAACGAGACAUAACUUUCGGUUCUUUCACAGAUAUCAUUUUCCAAUGAAAAAUAUUUUUUAUUUUUUCUUAAAUUGCUCAACUAUUAUAAAUUCCUAUUAAUGUGAGGGCAGUUAAAUCUCACUAAAAAUUGAUAGCGAAAACAUUCCUGAAAUAAGUCGUACCCCACGGCGUAUAUUGUAGGUAGCGAUAGAAUUUUCAAUAAAUAAUGAUAAUUCAACUUACUGUAAGUGAUAAACGUUCAAAUCAUAAUUAAUUGUUGUUGCGAUUAUAACAAAAUUAUAUGAUGUUAAAGACUGUGCAUUAUCUGUGAAAAUUUUUAAAUGUAUAUCCGAACGAGAAAACAUGGCGGCUUAUUCCAUUUUUGAAUUCCGUAAUUAUGGAUUGGAUUGCAACUUGCAAAUUGAACGAAAGGUUUGAUUAAUAUUAAAAUAGAGGUUAGAUACUUAAACGAAUGAAGAGUUAACAUAAUAUUCCAUGCAAUUUAAAGUACAUUAAAAGUAAAUUGAAAAUAAUAGAAGUAAAAGUCGCUUAGUUUUUAGUGUUCGGUUGUUACAAAAGAGUAUUGUUAAGUAUUCUAGUAUUUAUAAUGUUUACGACCUAAUGAUGAUGAGCGAGAGUUCGACUGUUUUUUGUGAGUAUGUAUUUUACUCGUAUGUUUAAUGUGCUAUUUAUAUUGUUCAGCAUUUUUAUAAAUAAAUAGAUUUCAAAACA